AUGCUCCGGAGAGUUAUUCUUAUGGUAAAUUUCAUGCAGCAGUCGCUGAAUGUGCGAACUCGAUUUGUGACACUUUCAAGCGUUCUUCCUCAACAGGAAGGAAAUCAUCACUCUCCUCGUCAUAGUCCAGCUCCUAGGCCCGGUAGACCAAAUAGACCUGUUAAUGGUGGCCAACAAGGGAGACCCCCAGCCCAACCCCGGUCACCGCCUCACGCACAGCCGGCGCCACCCGAUCAUCCAAAUUCACCAAUUGGUGGACAACUACCUCCCGGGGCUCGUGAUCAGAGGAGAUUCCCACCACAACCUCGGUCACCGCCUCACGCACAGCCGGCGCCACCGGAUCAUCCAAAUUCACCGAUUGGUGGACGACUACCUCCCUGGGCUCAAGAUUGA